AAGUCUGUCUCUCUCAAAUAAGCAGAAGAGAGAAGCAACGAGCGCAAGUGGGAGUGUAGUUGAGCUCUCCGCUCCUUUCUUGGUGAGCGAUCGCAAGGUGGACUCUACUAAGCUCUCUCUAACCAUACUUAGAUUUUAACCAUAUACACUGGUUUAAGUUCUGAGGCCUGUUCUGGGAAAUUUUGGUGAAGAAAAAUGCAGGCUGCUGUGAUUACAGGGAAGGGAUUAUUGAGCUCGGAUCUGAGGAAUCAUGACCGUUGGUUUACAUCCGGAGGAUUGUGCAGAAGAAUUGGUGGAAGGAGUGUUCGUUUAGGAGAGAGGGAAUUUGGCAUUGAUUUGAAAAAGGGAUCAUCCGGUUUCAUGGAUUCUGAAUUUGUUUGUGGAAGGAUCGGUUUUGGAGGGAGCUUUAGAUCUAAGCCAAAGGCUAGAUCAAUCAGGGCGCAACCUUCUAAUGGGGAUCUAGAAAAAGCAUCCUAUGUAACUCCUCCGGCCAAAUCUUCUGGGAAAGUUCUUCCGUAUGUUGGUGUUGCCUGUUUGGGGGCUAUACUGUUUGGCUACCAUCUAGGUGUGGUGAAUGGAGCACUGGAGUAUCUCUCAAAGGACCUUGGGAUAGCUGAGAACACUGUGUUACAAGGAUGGGUUGUUAGCACAACCCUUGCAGGUGCCACAAUUGGUUCAUUCACUGGAGGUUCAUUGGCUGAUAAAUUUGGCAGAACAAGAACAUUUCAACUUGAUGCCAUCCCUCUUGCAGUUGGGACUUUCCUCUGUGCGACUGCUCAGAGUGUACAGACAAUGAUAAUUGGACGCCUGCUUGCUGGUAUUGGAAUUGGAAUUUCAUCUGCCAUUGUGCCACUCUAUAUCUCGGAGAUAUCACCGACUGAGAUUCGUGGUGCGCUUGGAUCUAUCAAUCAACUCUUUAUUUGUGUGGGAAUAUUGGCUGCUUUAGUUGCCGGACUACCUCUUGCUCAAAAUCCUACAUGGUGGAGGACAAUGUUUAUCAUUGCAGUUGUACCAGCUGUGUUAAUGGGAUUGGGAAUGGCCUUUUCGCCUGAAAGCCCUCGUUGGCUUUUCCAGCAAGGGAAAAUUCUUGAAGCUGAAGCAGCUAUUAGGACACUGUAUGGGAAGGAAAGGGUGGCAGAAGUUAUGAAUGAUUUAAGAGCAAGUGGGCAGGGGUCACUGGAGCAAGAGGCCGGCUGGUUUGAUCUAUUUAGUCAACGCUAUCGGAAAGCUGUGAGUGUUGGAGCUGCAUUAUACCUAUUUCAACAAUUCGCUGGAAUCAAUGCUGUUGUCUACUAUUCGACUUCUGUAUUUCGUAGUGCUGGAAUUGCAUCCGAUGUGGCUGCUAGUGCUCUUGUAGGGGCAGCAAAUGUGUUCGGCACUGCAGUAGCGUCAUCUUUGAUGGAUAGGCAAGGAAGAAAGAGUCUUCUAAUUACAAGCUUCAGUGGAAUGGCUGCUUCCAUGAUGCUACUCUCCUUGUCCUUCACAUGGAAAGUUCUUGCACCUUACUCAGGAACCCUUGCAGUUCUUGGAACAGUCCUCUACGUGCUCUCAUUUUCGUUGGGUACGGGACCUGUUCCAGCUCUUCUUCUUCCUGAGAUAUUUGCCUCUCGAAUUCGUGCUAAAGCAGUCGCCCUCUCCCUUGGCACGCACUGGAUUUCCAACUUUGUGAUCGGUUUGUAUUUCCUUAGUGUGGUUAACAAGUUUGGGAUCAGCAAGAUUUACUUUAGUUUUGCAAUAGUUUGUAUCCUUGCCGUUAUUUACGUCGCCCAAAAUGUAGUGGAGACCAAAGGCCGAUCUUUGGAAGAGAUUGAGCGAGCUCUUAGCCCUGCAGUUUGAAAUGCAAGUCCGUCUGCUUGGAAAGAAGAAGGCUUGAUAGUCAGGAAAGUAUUGGGGUUUGUUGUUUCUCUAUUUGCAGAGAAAUGUGGGAUCCGGCGUAAUGGAUGGAAUCAGAAUGUUCUUGAAGUUGGUUC